UCCGUCCAGAUGUUUCUCAGGUUGCUCGCCUCCGUCUGCAUCCUUGCAGCUGCAGCUGUUGCCGUGCCUCCUCAGGAGAAGCGCGUCCAUCACCACGCUGAUCUGAGUGACCACGCCCACGAUGAUGCUCAUGGCUUCCAGUAUGACCACGAGGCUUUUCUGGGCAAGGAGGAGGCCAAGACCUUUGACCAGCUGACCCCAGAGGAGAGCAAGGAGAGAUUAGCGAAGAUCGUGGAUCGCAUCGACACAGACAAAGACGGUUACGUGAGUCACGCCGAGCUUCAGUACUGGAUCAGACACCGGCAGAGACGCUACAUCGAGGAGAACGUCAACAAACACUGGAACGACUAUGACAAGAAUGGAGAUGGCAAGAUCGGCUGGGAGGAAUAUAAAAACACCACCUACGGAUUCUACCUGGACGGGGAGUUUGAUGACGUUGAAGACAAAGACACUUACAAGUCCAUGCUCACGCGGGAUGAGCGGCGCUUCAAGACAGCCGACCGAGACGGCGAUGGCGUCGCCACGCGUGAGCAGUUCACCGCCUUCCUUCAUCCUGAGGAGUUUGACUACAUGAAGAACGUCGUCGUGCAGGAAACCAUCGAAGACAUCGAUAAGAACGGCGAUGGAAAGAUCAGCUUGGAAGAAUAUAUUGGUGACAUGUACAGCACACCUGAGAGCGGGGAGUCCGAGCCUGAGUGGGUCCAGACGGAGAAAAACCAUUUCUUAGAGUUCAGAGAUGUCAACAAGGACGGUUACCUGGACGCUGGUGAGGUGGCCAUGUGGAUUCUGCCUGAGGAGGUGGACCAUGCCGACAAUGAAGCCAAACACUUGAUCCACGAGACGGACACAGACAAGGACGGCCGUCUGCUGCUGUCUGAGCUGCUGGACAACAUGGACUUCAUCAAGACCAGCACCAUCACAGAUUAUGGAGGGAUGAGGGUGGAUGAACAUGAUGAACUGUGAAACACUAAUUCCAGCAAAAGAGAAGACUUGUGUUUUUUUGUUAUAAUCAAUGAAAUAACUGACAGUUGAACACAGGGGUACAAUAAAUUUACUGUAAUCCAUGUGAGAUUAAAAGGAAAAAACAAUUCACAAAA